UACAAUGGUUAAUUAGCAUAAAGGGCGUGGUUUGACCGUGGGUGGGUGUGGCUAUGAUUUCCUAUCUUCUGUAAGAGGCGUGGCUUGCCCAUAAAUGGACAUUGGGGGUGUGGUUUAUGAUGCCCUUUUUCGUUCAGGGGCGUGGCUUGACCAUAAAUGGGCAUUGAGGGCGUGGUUUGGUCUCGGCGGGACGCACGUGGGGGCCGUGGCCAUGAGGAGCCCUCAGAGGUGGCAGGGACGGGGCAGGGGCGCCGAUACCUGCACAGGUGCGCGGAUACCUGCACAGGUGUGCGGGGAACAGCGACUCCCCAACCGACCUGCGGCUCAGGUCACUGGGGCGUGGCAGCCGAGGAUGACGCAGUGCCGUGCGGGACCCCGGUGCACCGGCGCGUGGUGGGCGGCUCGGGCGCGCAGGAGGGCCAGUGGCCCUGGACGGUCAGCGUGGCCUUCCGGGGCCGCCACGUGUGCGGGGGAGCCCUGAUCGCCCCCGCCUGGGUGCUGACGGCCGCGCACUGCUUCCCGCCGGAGAACCCCCUCCCCGAGUACCGGGUGACGCUGGGGGUGCUGCAGCUCCUGUCCCCCCCCCAAGCCCCCCUCAAAUCCCCCCAAAUCUCCCCCCAAAUCCCCUCAAAUCCCCCCCAAACCCCCAAUUCCUGA